ACUUCACCUUUUCGUGACGCCGAGUCCCGGCUAGGUGUCGCAGGCGGUGUGAACUUAGAUUGCAGCUACAUCACCCUACACAUACUAUAGGCAUAACAGAGCUACGUGUGUGACUACGCAUUGCUCGGAAACAACUCCGCCAUUCCGCAUUCGCGACUUAUGAUAAGCCAUUUCACAGGCGUUGUGUUCGCCGUAACCUUGUACAUGCCUACCUAUUCAUGCGCUAUGCGACGAUAGAGGACCCAGUGCGCUGAGCUCAGCGCGGGGGCCGAUGCACUCCGCAAGGCGGUUCUCCGCUACAUGGAGGAACCAGCAUGCGACAGCAAUGAAAAAGGCGCAAGCCAAUGUACGAGGAUUUGCGCUGGCGCUGUUCUUCUGCGCCCUUGGCUUGCCAGGUUUUCACGCGCACAGAGACCUUACGCUGGCUGGCCGUCAGCUUCAGCAGUCUAGUGGUAAGGCCGAGUUGGGUGACACGCGAACUCUUGCUCGGCUGUGGACGUCGAGCCUUCAUAAUGGAGUUAUUUGUGCGCGUCCUUGCGCCGUCCGCUUUUGUUCCUGCAAAGUGCCUGCGAUGGAAACAGCUCAAGUUGAUUGUGCUGAAGCCAUCAGCGCUGGAGUUCGCAGGUCAAGAGAUUGGGUUGCCGGUCAUUAUUGAUGACGGGGACUGCUCACAGCUGAAUGCGGACGACUACUCGCCCAUCAAGGGGCCAGACGGCUCUGUGCUUGGGUACUCCAUUCUGCGCAGUGGCGGCCCCAAACAGCCAGCCAACGGCACGCAGAGCGACGGCAGCACGCUGCUAGAACUAACGGUGGCGCUCACGGAGGCGAGCGGGCUGUAUUUUGCGCUGCCGGAGGGCGGGGCAGCUAGUGGCAACGUGGAGACGGCUAUCACCACCUUUAUGCCGCAGGACUGCCCCUUCAACCUGCCCACCAUCGCGCGCCAGAACGGCAUCGCGGACUGCUCCCGGCGCCGCAGCCGCCUCACAUUUGAUGUGCCCAGUGAACUGUUCAACUGUUCCUCAGCGAAUGAGUUUGUGGAGGGGUCGUCGAAGGUCUUCUUUCUGAUGGUGCGAGUGGAUCUAGCAGCUGCGCCGUGCGCGUCGGCGUCCAAAUGGCUGUGGGCGGGCAGUGACGCCAACGCCAUCCGCACCGGGUGCUCCUUCAUCACGGUCACCGCUACCUGCAAACCCACCACCUGCCCCGGCUUCAUAGCGCCGCCGGGCUCGCAGCUGUCCACCGACACGGGCGGGGGGACGGGCGCCAGCGGCGGGGGCAGCAACGUGGUUCUCAGGAGCACCAGCCACGACGAGGCCUGGAAAAAGGUGGUGCCGGCGGUGGCGGGCGGCGCGGCGGGCGCACUGAUCCUGGCGCUAGUGGUGGCGGGCGGACUCAUCUAUAGCGAGAAGAGCCGGCGGUACAAACGCCGCCUGGCGGCUCAUGCGAAGCGGCGGGCGUCGCAGCUGUACGGCGGCGGCGGCGGUUACUACGGCUCGCGUGAGUCGUCGUACACUAGCAGCAGCGGCGGCGACGGUGCCGCCGCCGCCGGUGGCGAGAUGCGGGACUACAGCACCAGCCGCAUGCUGCGCGCGGCGCACACGCACAGCCACAUGCCCGGGCACGGCGGCUUUGCGGGCUUCGACUUCUCCUUUUCGCCGGCUGUCGGGAAGCACGCCGCCAGCGACGCACACAUGCGGCGGAUGCGGUUGCACAGCGUGGCGGCGACCAACCAGCGAACGUUGGGCGCGGGCGGCAGCGGCGGCUCUGUCGUGGGUGGCUUUGGCGGCUUCACGGGCUUUGGCGGGCUGACCAGCCGGCAAGGCAGCACCAUGGGUAACGCGUUUUGGCAGACCGACACCACAAAAUUCAUGGGCGUGGAGCACCGCAAGCGCUCGGACGAACCUGACGAGCCCGAGCCGCCGGAGAAGGGCGUGCACUUCUUCCAGUCCAUCACCACGCGCCAGGCGCCAGGGGCCGCAAUCUUCGACACGGGCGCGCCCUCGCGCUCCAUCGUCAUUGGCGGCCGGCAGUGGGACCUGACGCCGGGGCGCGGCGGCGCGUUGGGCUUCUCGUCCUCCUCCGUGUCGGCCACGCCGGCGGGCGGCGGCUAUCCUCACAGCAUGUUUUCUCAGGGCAUGAUUAUGGAGGAGGUCGCACCUAUGGAGCCAACGGAGCCUGACGACGACGCCUGGGCGGACGCGCCCGACCUGCCGGGCCGCUCCAAGAAGCGCACGUCGGCAGCCGCGUACCGGGCGUCCCCGGAGAAUCCCAUCGCACAGCGCCUGGAGGCCCUCGCGGCGGCUGGCGCCGGCGCGGCGAUGCCGUCGGUUGUGAAGAUGCGGGGCCGGCCCUGGCUGGCGACUCAGCUGGAGACGAUUGAGAGCACUGGCGGCAGCGGCGCGCCGAGCAGCGGAGUGCCCAGCGGGCCACAGAGCAGCACAGGCAGCGACGCGCCGUCGUCACCGGCUGGAGCCGCGGGUACCGGCGGACGGCUCGGCUCCUAUGAGGGCGCAGGCGGGCUGGUGGCGAGGGCCGGCAGCGGUGCCGGCGCCGCCCGAGUGGGCAGCGGCUCACGGCUGCAGCGGCCGGGUGAGCCGCAGGUCCGCGGCCAAUCGCGUUUCAGCGUGUCAACGGUGGCGGACCCGACGGCGGGCGCCGCCGAGGUGGAGGCGGCCGGCGGCCCGGUCACUGGCACAUCGGUCCGCAGCCUGCGUGUGUCGUCACGGUACGACGAAGUGAUGAGCGGCAUGGUGGCGGCGGCGACGGCGGCGGCCGGUCCAGGGGCGCUGGAGCCACGCCAGCGCGCCACGCCACCGCAGCCGGCGGGCGAGGCGGCGUUCGUGGAGCUGGGCCGCACCUCGGAGCGCACCUCCUACAUGUCUGCCACGUCCGCGCUCACGCACACGGCCAGCGGGCUGGAGGACGAGCCGCCGCAGCUGCAGCUGCCGGACUGGGUGGCGCAGGGUCGCGCGGCGGCGCAGUCGCAUUACACCAGCAGCGCCGGCACGGAGCCGGGGCAGGCAGCGCAUGCGGAGGCGGAGCAGGCGGUGGCGACGGGCGUGGCGUCAGCGGGCGCCCUGGCGGCGGCGGCGGAGAUUGCCGCGCGUGGGAGGUUGUCGCCAGCGGGGCGGCUGGCGGCGCACAACCUACCGCUGCCGCCGUCACCGUCACGUUUCUCGGGGUUACAGCAGCUGCAGCAGCAACAGCUGCAGGAGCAGGCGCCGGCGCGCCACCCGGCGGCGCCGCAAUUCGGUCCAGGCGUGCGCAUGUUGCUGGAGGCAGAGCCGGGGCCCGGCGGCGAUCGCAGCGCGAGUGCCGGCGGCCGCGAUGCGCCCAGCACGCCGCGCGGCGCUGCGGUGCGGGUGUUGGAGAAGCCGCUGAGUCCGGGCCCGUUCGCGCAACUCAGCGCUGGCGGUGCUGCAGCUGGGGCGGGUGCAAACCCUGCCGAGUUCAGCGUAUUUGGUGAGGUGGCACCCGAGGUGGCGCUGGUGCUGGGCAGCCGCAGUGUGGUGUUUGACCAGAGCCCGGAGCUCCAGGCCGCACCCCCCGAGCCCGGGUCAGGAGCCAGCGGCUCCGCGAGUGGCGGCCUGUUGUCGCUGGUGCCUGGCCUGCAAGCAAUCCGCUCGCGAAUGAGCCGGCGGACCGAGGAGUCGCCGCGGCGGAGCGCCGCCGGUUACGGGACGCCUGGCUCCACUGGCAGCUCAGCCGGGCUGAGGCCCGCAGACAUCCCGCCAAUCCUGCGCCCGAGCGACGUCUCCCUCACACAGCUGCAGGAGAGCACCGCCACGCCAAACGUCAGCGUGCCACUGGACCAGCCGCAGCCAGACACCCAGGAGCAGGAGCUGCUGGCGGAGGGCGCCGCGGGCAGCGGCAUGGGCAGCGGCCUGUUUGGCGGGCGGCUGCUGUCACGGCUCACCGGGCGCAGCGGCGCGGGACGCUCGCCAACGCGCGGCUCCCGCACCGAGUCGCCGAGGCGGCGUGAGUUGUUGGAGCGGCCGCCGCCAGAGCGCCAGUUUGACCCCAAGGAGGAAUGACGGCUACAGCAAUGAUGGGACUGUGAUGACAACACGGCGCUAGGAUCCAGAAAUACCGUUUGCUUGUACGGGACUGUCAGGUGUGGGCUCUGGCCUCCGUGGGCUCAUCUGCACGGCUACGUGUGGGCGUCGCAGCGUCCACACAUGGGGUUGAGCAGGGGCAAACCCGUGGCGCAAACCAUGCAUGCUGAACAUGCAGCCAUGGCGGGCACCUAGAGUCUGUUCCCUCCUGCACACCAUGCUUACGAGGUUUAUACAUUUAUAGCGUGGGUCGUAUUGUGUGCUGCGCCACUGGAACGUGUGCGCCGCGGCCUGCAACAUGGCCGCCCGUACUGAACUCGCGUAUGUCAUUAUGCGGUGCCAAGUUGCAUAAGACCUCUGAGCAAACGCCGUGUGUGGCUGGCGGCCGUUCGGCCCGGUGCGCAGGCCCAAACUCCACUUCGAUGACUUCAGAGUGAUGCUGCCUAGGGCCACUGUGGGCCGUUUGGACGGCAUGCAGGCUGCGCGUGUGAGCGCUGAUGCGGGCAAUUGCUGUUGUUUGCGUGCAGCCUCCGAAAGGCGUGAUUUAUUCGCUAUAAUACUGAUGGUUUCCGCUCGAGCGCAGCGAGUUGUCGGAAACCAAGGUUUCCUGCGCUCGGAGUGUGCACAGUUGUGGGCCCCGAAGGGGCGUGGCGUGUGUGUGUUUGUUGUUUGGGGCCCAUGCGCGGCAUGGGCGGUGGGCCCGGUUAAGUAGCAGAGCGCUGUGUCGCGCUCGCUACUUUGCGAGUUUCGUUCUGUCAGUACUGACGCCGUCGUCCCUGGCUACGCUCUAUCUUUGCGUGGCUACACGGCGGUUCGGGCUCGCUUUGCCCGCGUAUAUUUUCUUUUUAUGCUUCUCUACUUCUCUGCUUCUCUGCGUUACCUUUCUUAUAUUGCUCAUGGCAGUUAAAGUAUCCGUCAGAGCACUACAGCAAGUUGACGAGUUCAAAUCAGCAGCUCGUUCGCUGGCGCCUUCGGCCAACGCGGUCAAAGAGUUUGGUUCGCCACCCGUAAUUCGUCUGCGACGAGGGAUUGCUUAUGGGGUUUCCGCUGCAUCUGAUGCUUGCUGAGAUGACCAGUCCUGCAUAGUGUGCUUGACUACUAGUUUUCACUGCGUGCCAGACCGGCUUUUUUCACUCGAUGUGCUCUUGACGAUGAUGCUAUCAGGAUCCUUAUUGUUCGCCGAGUUCGCCGCGCUGUUCGCCGAGUUCGCCCGUGAACCCCCUCCGCGGACCUCACUGCGACUCCCCAACCCGCCUCGUCGUGUCGCCGAGUUUGAGAGUCUUUUCGCCUUCGCGGACAUCGCAGCGGUAAGCCACUAGCUUUGGGCGUGGUUCAAGUGAUCAGCUGGCCUGGCCAAGCCGAACGUGAUACCCGGAUGACAACCAGCCACGCCCAGCUUGUCAGCCACAUAGUUUAGAGCUUCAUGAGAGUCCACUUGGUUAGUGUGGGGUUAUGUGUGUUGGGCUGGAUGUUUCUCGUGUGCUUCGUGCACGGCACGAUGGUGAACGCACUGGUGGUGCAUGUGCCCACCGGAGGGCUUAACAAAAAUCUUCGGGCACGGCCGCACGUUGUAGGUCAGUUGGGGGCUUGUACUUGGUCGGGUUGCAUGUGCUGGACUCGCCAGUCCGUUCGUAUGCCGCUGCCCACCGGAGGGCUGUACUCGGGUUGACUAUGCGCGGUACGACCGCCGGAUUAUUUGCAUGCUGAUCGCGAUAGGCCCACCGGAGGGCUUGGCUUGGUCGCGCGUGCGUAGGCGCGGCAUGUGUGACAUUGGCACACGCACGAGUACGGUAUCAUGCCUGCUGAGGGCUUGCGUGUGGGGUUGCGCGUGCUGGGCACGCUGAAUGCUUCGUAUGCACACUGCUGCCCACCGGAGGGCUGUACUCGGGUUGACUCUGCGCGGUACGACCGCCGGAUUUUUGCAUACUAAUCGCUUAAUUGUGCGAUAGGCCCACCGCAGGGCUUGGUUUGGUCGCGCGCGCGUAGUCGCGGCAUGUGUGACAUUGGCACACGCACGAGCAUCAUGCCUGCUGAGGGACUUGCGUAUGGGGUCGCGCGUGCUGGGCACGCUGAACGCUUCGUAUGCAUUGCAGAAUUGAUGCCGUGUGCGCGUGCGCAGCGCUUGGCGGCGCAAGGAUAUAGGAGCGCGGCAGGGUUCGAGCCCAAGCGGGUGCUUGUUGCUGCAGGCACAGGCCGCCAGGGGGACCAUGGGGGGGCACGCGAGGUCGCGGCAGUCCGAGGCGCAAUCGGUGUGUGUUUUAGCUCGAACUCAAAGACUCAUGCAAACACGCUAUGCAUGCGAGUCGCAUUGCUUUUUAGCGUGCACACGUGCGGCUGUAAACAGUAGUGCAGCUCGGGUUGUAAAGACAUGCUCGA